AUGCAGUUAGCCUUCCUAGACUUCAGAGCUGAUUUUGACUUUCCUCACAGAGGAGGCCUUCUCAGCGCACUUCAGGCAGAAGGAAAUCCGGAGAAAUUCAUCCGAUUGAUUAACGGCAGGAAUGGAAGAGCAGCUGCUUCGACUCACUACGCAGUGGAACUUGAAGUGAGACAAGGGGCUGCAGUGGGACCAUUUCUGUUCACCUUCGUCGUUGACGACAACAUGGAAAGAACAGGUGGAAGGUGUCUCAAUGAUCUCGUCCUUGCACUAUCAGCGCUUUUGGUGAUUUUCAAGUAG